AUCGUCAGCAGGGAACAGUUUAGAUUCAUUUUGUUUAUUAGUUUCAGUGUUGAAAUGGUGAACUUAACAUGACUUGGAAAUGGUUUUAUAUUAUUGUCAUAGGUGUAUACAUAUGUUAUAAAGGAAAUUUGAAGAUAAAUAAGUGUUUGUUAUUUGAAAACUAUGGUUCUCUACUAGCUUUGCAUCAAUACAACAUGGCUGCCCAAUGCAAUACAAAUUAGAAUGAUAUUACAAAGUUAAGAAAGCGAAAAGGCAUUUCAUGAAAAAUAAUUGAACACAUAGAAGCCAUUAUGUCCGUCCUUAUUUUGUUCUGUUGGUUUUUUUUCAACGAUCUAUCAUCUGGAACACAAGCAAAAAAUAACGAUUAUAUAGGACAACAAAAUAUAUACCAAUUGCAGAAUGUAAUUGCUCAGUUCUCAUCCUAUAAUAAUUCGUGCUUCAGUCAUUUGACGUAUGAUAUACACAGAAAUAUGCUGUAUGCCGGCGCGACCAAUAGAAUAUAUCAACUGGAUUUAAAUUUGAAGCUAGUCAAAGAAGCCAUUACAGGCCCUGUACGUGACUCUCCUCAAUGUCAUGCGGGAGGAUGCUCUACAGAUGAUAUUGAAACAUCAGAAACUAACAAUCAUAACAAAUUGUUAAUAUAUAACAACGUAGGCGACACACUGAUAGCGUGUGGAAGUAUUCAUCAAGGAGCCUGUAAUAUCUAUUAUCUCAGUGGACAAUUUCCGACUUCUGUCAAAUAUAUGGAAGUGCCGUUAGCCGCAAAUGAUGAAUUUUCAUCAACAUUUGCAUUUAUUGGGCCAAGCAAAUAUCAGUCGUGGAAAAAAGAAGACAUAUUAUAUGUUGGGACGACAUUUACUAACGUUGGUGACUAUCGGCACGAUGUUCCCGCUAUCGCAUCGCGAAAAUUAGAUGAUUUAGGCUAUGCCGAGUUUUCCAUUCAACAAUCCAAUAUUAAUAUUGAUGUAAAAUAUCGUGAUCAUUACAUCGUAAAUUAUGUGUAUGGUUUCAACAACUCGGAAUAUGCUUAUUUUGCGGUGGUACAAAAAAAAUCUCAUCUAGCAGAUGAAGCUGGUUUUAUUACGAGGCUAGCUCGCAUUUGUGUCAACGAUCCUAAUUACGAUAGUUAUACGGAGGUUACUAUUACUUGUCUGGCGGAUGGAGAAGAUUAUAACAUUUUAAGAGAUGCUAAAAUUGUACAAGCUGGUGUAAGACUUAGUCAAGAAUUUGGUAUAAAAAAAGAUGACUACGUACUAUUGUCCGUUUUUUCGCCCUCCAAGGAAAUCUCCAGCGAACCACAAAACAAUUCAGCGAUGUGUAUUUUUACCUUGGUUGAAAUUGAAGAAAUAUUCAAUGAAAACAUUCACUCUUGUUUUAACGGUAGCAUCAAAGAUAGAAAUCUAGGUUAUAUAUCUGGAACGAUAAAUGAUGGUAAAUGUCCAGUUGUUGGAUCAAUUGGAAAUAUCUUCAGUUUUUGCCACGUUGGACUGAAAAUAAGCGGUGUAAUGCCAAUCGUAGCGAGAGCGCAUUUUAACUUUCCAAAUGUAUCAAUAACUUCAGUAUCAACGGCUACUGCUGGACCUCAUACGUUAGCGUUUUUAGGAACUAUAGAUGGAUGGAUCAGAAAGGUUCUGCUGUCAGGACCAUCUGCAGGAGAAUAUGAGAAAAUAGAAGUCGAUAAUGGGCACAAAAUAUUACCUGAUACAAUAUUGUCUCCCAAAUCAGAUUAUCUGUUUGUUUUAUCGGAGAGAAGGGUGACGAAAAUGAAAAUAGAACAUUGUAAUACAUUUACUAAUUGUUCGAGUUGUUUAGAUUCUAGAGAUCCGUUUUGCGGCUGGUGUUCUCUUGAGAAACGAUGCACUGUACGCAACGAAUGCCAAAAAGACACUAGUACAGCUCGUUGGCUUUCAAUUAGCACAGGACAACAAUGUAUCGAUUUUGAAAUGGUUUCUCCUGACAAAAUUCCGAUUAAUCAAAUGACCAUUGUAAACUUGGUUAUUCGCACAUUGCCCGAAUUACCGUAUAACUCAAAAUACAAGUGCGUUUUCGGAAAUGCAUCACCUAUCGAUGCAAACGUUACUUCCGAUGGGAUAGUAUGCACUACUCCUCCAAUAGAUUCGCGCCCAGUACUAAAUGCAAACAGUGAUCAUGUUUUAGUUCCUUUAAGUGUCAGAAGCUCAGAAACUAACAAAGAUUUUGUUUCACGAAACUUUGCAUUUUAUGACUGUUCACGUCAUACCAAUUGCCGUAAUUGCCUCCGUAGUAAGUGGAACUGUAACUGGUGCGUCUAUGACAAUAAGUGUGUUUCUAAUAGUUCAACAUGUCGCAGCUCAGGCAGUAUAGUAACUGAUGAAAUAAGUUGUCCUCACUUUAAACGACAAUCACAGCUCGUGUUACUUCCAAAUAAAGUUCCGAAGGAGAUCAAAUUAGAAGUUGAGAAUCUUCCCAGGCCACAAAGCGCUCACACUGGUUUCCUGUGCACUGUCAACAUUGAAGGAGCUCACAUGGUAUUGCCAGCACGUGUUGAGUCAAAUAAAUAUGUUGUAUGCGAGAAAACACUUUAUUCCUACGAAGCUAACACAAAUGAGUAUGAAGCAAAAGUUGAUGUAAAUUGGAACCGAAAUCACUAUAUAGAUACAGUGUCCAUCAUUUUAUACAAAUGUGAUAUCCUUGGAUCGCACAGGGAUCAUGCAGAUUGCAGUUUAUGUGUGACGCGAAAUAAGAAAUACCAAUGCACCUGGUGUAACAACCAGUGUGCUUAUAAUGAAACUUGUUCAUAUGACACGCAUUUGAACGAAUGUCCUAAACCUAGAAUUGAUCUUAUUAAACCUUUAAGUGGACCAAUAGAAGGUGGAACUUUAUUGACUAUUGAAGGUAGCAAUUUAGGCAUUCGAGAGGAAGAUGUACAAGGAAAAAUUCGGAUUGGCCAUGUUCCAUGUCAUUUGGUUAACUACGAAAUAUCUGUUAAAAUUGAAUGUCGCACCGGAGCUGUUUCGGAAGAAUUGACAGCUUCCAUUAAGGUGGGGAACGAAGCAGGAUAUACUGAAUCAAGCGUCCAAUUUCAAUACAAAAAUAUACAGCUAUCAGGGCUGUAUCCAACUAUGGGGCCGCAAUCAGGAGGAACAACCGUGUCUAUUAUUGGUAGAUACCUCAACAUUGGAUCAAAGAUAGCAGCCUUUUUAGAUGACUAUAUAUGCCACAUUAACAUUACUCAAGCAUCUUCUGGACGUUUAACGUGUAUUACGUCUGCUGCACGCUCUCCUGAGCAUAUACGUAUUUUGACUCUAUCUAUAGAUGGAGCAAAUCGGACAUUAAAAUGCAGCGCUGAUAGCCAACCAAAUAGUAUAAGCCGCAAUAAUUUUCAUUAUCAUAGUUACUACGAGACGUGCAGUGUUUAUAACUAUACUGUCGAUCCUAAAAUAUUACAGAUAAAACCGCUUAAAAGUUUUAUCAGUGGAGGACGAAUGAUGACUGUGCAUGGAACCAAUUUAGAUUCUAUUCAAAAACCAGAAAUAGAGAUUUAUUACGAAGAUGAACGUAUAAAUAAAUCUGUUUGCACGGUCCUUAAUGCAAACCAAAUGGAAUGUCCUUCACCGGCAGUUAAUAUGAAGUUUGUUUCAUAUAUAAAACAUGUUGAACAAAUGAAUAGAAAUAUUGCGAGUUUUAACCAGAGCAGAUCUAAAAAUCGUCGAAGUGCAAUUACAACAGAAUCAGCAUUGUUAUCGACGGCAAAAGUGUUAAUAAAUUAUCAUUCCACUGAUUCUCUGUUUUCACCUACGCCGUUUCUGCAAUCUGAGGAGUUACAUACAACUGCAUCAUUGUUACAUACUACACCGACCGGAUUGAAUUCUUUGUUGGCAAUGAAGCUGCAUGAAAAUCAGGUAUCGUUCCAACUCAGUUUUGUGAUGGAUAAUGUGCUAUCUGUCAAAAAUCUUAAUAAGCAUUUUCAAAAUUUGAGAUCUUCAAUAGUCUAUGUCGAGGACCCAGUAUAUUUUGCAUUUCCUGGUUUCAAGAAAUUUUAUAAAGGGGAUACCUUGGUGAUCGAAGGUGAAAAUCUGAACAUCGCCAGUGAUGAGUCCGACGUUAAUGUUACGAUUGGUAUUAUGCAAUGCAAUGUCACUAGCUUGGCAUUGACACAACUGGUUUGUACACCUCCGGAACAACAGCCGCUACCAACAGAUGAAAACGGUGAAAGGAUUGAGGUGAAUUUGCCACUAGUAGUGGUUCGUGUUGGACAAAAUCUGAGGUUUCAAAUUGGAUACCUGAAAUACGAGGUAAUGAAACCAUAUACCGCAUCUCAUAUACUUUUUGGAAUUGUGAUUGGCACUUUUUGCAUCGUGGUUUCUUUAAUUGUCAUAUUAGUUAUAUAUCGUCGUAAGAGCACGCAGGCUGAACGAGAAUACAAACGCAUCCAAAUACAAAUGGAUACCCUGGAAAGCAACGUACGCAUGGAGUGUAAGCAAGCAUUUGCAGAGUUACAAACCGAUAUGACAGAUUUAACUGCGGACCUGGAAAAUAGCGGCAUACCCACGCUUGACCAUGUUAACUACAUAAUGAAAGUGUUCUUUCCUGGCGUUAGCGACCAUCCAGUAUUAAAUUCGUCUAAGUUUCGUGCGAACAUGACUCGAACAAAUUAUGAUCAAGCAAUGAUACAAUUUGAACAGCUCCUGAAUAAUAAGGCAUUUCUUCUGAUUUUUAUUGACACACUGGAGGCACAAAAAUCAUUCAGUAUUCGAGAUAAGGUUAACGUGGCUUCGCUGCUUAUGAUUGUAUUUAUGAAUAAAAUGGACUAUGCCACAGAUGUUUUGAAAUCAUUAUUACUGCGAUUGAUCGAUAAGUCAGUGGUAUCAAAACAUCCGCAACUAAUGCUUCGACGAACUGAGAGUGUCGUGGAAAAGAUGUUGACUAAUUACAUGGCUAUAUGUAUGUAUGAAUACCUGAAGGAUUAUAGUGGCAACUCUCUUUUCUUGCUUUAUAAAGCUAUCAAACAUCAGAUUGAAAAAGGAUUGGUAGACGCAAUUACACACGAUGCACGCUAUUCACUGAGCGAAGAACGCUUGCUACGUGAACAGAUUAAUCAUAACGUUGUAACACUUCAUAUUAUCCAAGAUGACUUGGAUGAAAAAAUACAAUGCAAAGUUUUAGACUGUGACACGAUCACACAAGUUAAAUCAAAAAUAUUAGAUGCAUUGUUUAAAAACACUCCUUUCUCAAUGCGUCCGUCUGUUCAUGAAUUAGAAUUGGAGUGGCGCCAUGGCCGCGGUGGACAUCUAACACUACAGGAUGAAGAUCUAACAACUAAAAUGGCUUGUGGGUGGAAACGUAUUAAUACGCUUGCUCACUAUGGCAUUAAAGAAUCCGCAAUUAUGUCGUUGAUCAUCAAACAGAGUGAUAGUUUUAUAACUUUUAAUAAGCAAUCAAAUACGAAUUGUUAUUAUAUUAAUAACUCAUCGUCGCAUAUCUCUAUAAAUGAUGAUGUUAUUCAUCAACCACCACUACAACAAAACCAUUUAUUAAAUUUCCAACAACAAUCGCAACAUCAUGAUGCUCGUGUGUAUCACUUAGUAAAGCCAAUAGACGAUAAAACGUUCAUUGGUAAUCAACAAAGCUCACAUGAAAGAACUCAUAAAGCUAUACCAGAAAUAUUUUUGACACGUUUAUUAGCAACCAAGGGAACCGUUCAAAAAUUUGUAGAUGACUUUUUUGGUAUAAUUUUAACUGUAAACAGUAUGUUGCCACCAGCUGUUAAAUGGAUUUUUGAUAUAUUGGACGAGGCAGCUACGCGUCACGGCAUUACAGAUUCAGAUGUAGUUCACGCAUGGAAAUCAAACAGCCUUCCAUUAAGGUUCUGGGUGAAUUUCAUUAAAAAUCCGGACUUUAUUUUUGAUAUCAAUAAAACUCCGAGUGUGGAUGCCUGUUUAAACGUUAUAGCGCAAACAUUCAUGGAUGCAUGCUCAACGACAGAAUAUAGGCUCGGAAAAGAUUCACCAUCAAACAAAUUGCUUUUUGCUAAAGACUUGCCGCAAUAUCGAGAAAUGGUUACCAGUUUCUAUACCGAAAUUGGCCGUUUACCACAAAUCAGUGACCAGGAAAUGUGUACCGCUAUGCAGAGGCUUUCAAUCCAACAACAAGAAGAGUUCGAUGUUAUAGCUGCUUUGAAGGAACUCUAUAUUUACGUUACAAAAUAUAGGGAUCAGAUUAUAGACUCUCUAGACAUGGAUGACUAUGCGAAGAAAGUUCAUUUGAUACACAAAUUAGAAAGCGUUGCUUGUACGUUGGAAGCCACUGAAUACCUAGCCCGGGCGGAGGAAGAGGGUGUCGGUGAUGAUGCGGAACCAACGGAUGACUGAUAUGAAGACUGACUGCAGGAACCGUCUUCCAGAGCCUCUUCUAGAUACUCAGCGUCUCCAAAUUCUUCAUCUAUGCAAUAAAAAUAACAUUAAAUGAUUAUUUGACCUAUGCUGGAAGUGUUAUUAAUAAAGUCGCUUAAUUUCUGAGAUAUUCCAUAGAAGACCACGAUUGCAACAAUAAGAAAUAAAAUGGCUAAUAUUUGCGCAUUGUCAGUAAUCCGAAGUGCGAAUUCACCAGAUUGUAGUUGCUUUGCCAUAAAAUGCUUUUUGUCCCACUAAUUAGUCUCCCAUUUCUACGGAUUUAUGAGCCAGAUAUGGAGGUCACUUACGAGUACUAUCUUUUUCAGACUGCAGAUUUAGAAAACCGACAAAUAAAAGCGAGGUGACAAAUGUCUAGGAGCUGUUCAUAAUCUACGCACACCCAUUUUUUGAUCAGUACCUCUCUUUCUCCUUGGAAGACUUUCUUUAAUCCAUGAAUAUUUUGGAAACUUUGCAUGUAGCCACGCAUGUAGCGGAGGCUUACGCCUGCUUCUCGUCUCACCGAAAAGUGCACGUGGCUUAUGAACAGCCUAUAUCUGUCUGAUA